AUGCGANUUUUCUCAACGAUUGCUCAAGCUGCAAGCGACUCUCAUGCAGUUGUUGGCGAGGAUCCGGCUUAUUCAUCAGAGCUUGUGACAUGGGCGGUGAAACAAGCAGAGUCUUUUGCUCUUUUGCUCAAAAGACAUACUCUGGCUUCAUCUGCUGCUGCAGGGAGCUUAAGGGUAACCGCAGAGUGCAUCAAACUCUGCGCCUCCCACUGCUCUUCAUUGGAGUCUCGCGGUUUAGCUCUUUCCCCUGUUUUUCUGAAACACUUCAGGCCGGGCGUGGAACAAGCCCUGACCGGAAAUCUCAAGAGAAUUGAACAAAGCAGCGCCGCUUUAGCUGCUUCGGAUGAUUGGUCACUCUCUUAUACACCAACAGGAUCACGCGCCUCAUCAACUACUCCCAUUGCACCGCAUCUCAAGCUUUCUAUAAGCGCUCAAAGAUUCAACUCCAUGGUUCAGGAAUUUAUGGAAGAUGCUGGACCGCUAGACGAAGCGUUACAGUUAGACGGGAUUGCACUAGACGGUGUUUUGCAAGUGUUUAACUCGUACGUUGAUCUCUUGAUCAACGCAUUGCCCGCCUCAGCUGAGAACGAAGAGAAUCCAGUGCAAAGAAUAGUUAAAAUAGCUGAAACAGAGUCUCAACAAACAGCUUUGUUAGUCAAUGCACUUCUUUUAGCAGACGAGCUAAUCCCACGUUCAGCUUCAAAGAUUUUGCCACAAGGUACAAGCCAAUCCACUCCAAGAAGAGGUUCCUCAGAUAGUCGACAGAACCGACCAGAGCAAAGAGAAUGGAAGAAGAAACUUCACAAAUCAGUGGAUAGACUAAGAGAUAGCUUCUGCAGACAACAUGCACUUGAACUCAUCUUCACUGAAGAAGGAGAAGUCCGUCUCAGCUCUGAGAUUUAUAUCCUCAUGGACGAAACCACUGAAGAGCCUGAAUGGUUUCCUUCACCAAUUUUCCAGGAACUGUUUGCGAAAUUGACGAGAAUAGCGGCGAUUGUGAGCGAUAUGUUUGUUGGAAGAGAGAGAUUCGCGACGAUAUUGCUGAUGAGACUGACGGAGACAGUGAUUCUUUGGAUAUCUGACGAUCAGAGUUUCUGGGAAGAGAUGGAGACAGGAGAUAAACCAUUAGGUCCACUUGGUCUUCAACAGUUUUAUCUAGACAUGGAGUUUGUGAUGAUCUUUGCCUCACAAGGAAGGUACUUGUCGAGAAACCUUCACCAAGUGAUCAAGAACAUUAUAGCUCGAGCCAUCGAAGCAGUUUCAGCCACUGGAGUCGACCCUUACAGCACGUUGCCGGAGGAAGAUUGGUUUGCGGAAGUAGCUCAGAUAGCGAUAAAGAUGUUGAUGGGAAAAGGCAACUUCGGUGGCCACGCAGAGCGGGACGUCACUAGCCCUUCUGUUUCCUCUGCUAAAUCUUACACGAGUAAUUAAUCAACAAAUUAUUAACUUUGUUGACGUAGAAUUAUUUUUUCAUUUUUUUAGAGGAAAUAUUCAUUCUUGAAUGCGGACAAUUAUCUUUUG